AUGGGUGAUAAAUUUGAACAAGAGAUUUUCCAGCUGAUUCAAAAGACCAACUUUAAGGCAUGUAAUGCCAAAAUUAGUGAUUGGAAGAAGAAAUACCCAAAUUCAACAUACAUUUGGGUUUUAGAGACUUAUGUGAAGUACAGACAAUCUCCAAGCAAAUUUAAUUACGAUUCAAGUUUGGGUCAAUUCUUUGGAUUACAAGGAACCCAAAUUACAAGCGAUUUAAGAUCGUUAAAAUUGCUACACGACAUGUUUCUGGAGAUGCAGAGAUAUGACGAGGCAUUGCACGUUUAUGAGAGGGCCAAUUUCAAAUAUCCAAAUUUUGACGUGGCAUACGAAUGGUUUUGCAAGUCCCUAGACGAUGGAAAUUAUAAAAUGAUGGCUAGGGCUUGCCAACAGAUGGCAAAAUGGAAUAAUGAUAACGGUACGACUCAAAGUAUACUAUCCAGGGAUUACACAUUUUGGUACGCAAUAUGCACAGUAGCACUGUUUAAGUUCCAAAAAAGUAAAGUUAAUGCAGCCGAAGAGAAAUUGUUACCUCAACUAGCACUUAGAUCAUUGGAAUCACAAAAGCCAUUUAAAUCUACCCAAGAGAUUAUUGUUUAUUGCUAUGUGUGCCAAGAAUUGUUCAACGACAAGUCUAAGGAAAUUGUAGCUGCAAUCUGGCCUCAGUUGAACCAAUCUUUGGAUUUGUACUGUAAAAAUUUCUUGAUAAAACACAUUAGUGACGAUGCACAAAUGCUAGAAGCUUGUAAAUCAAUGCUGAACCGAAUUGACGAUUACGAAUUGCUAUGCAAGUUGAGUGAAGCGACUCACAACUUAAGCUGGGAUAAAAAAGAUGUUAUACAAUUGGUGGAUUCACUGGUGGGCGAUUCCAGAAACACGAGAUUAUGUCGAUUGGAAAUCGAUUUAAAAUUCGAUACUGAAAUCGGGAGAGAAUCACUAACUUACUACUUGUCAAAAUAUCACAACAAACCCUGUUGUCCCCAUGAUUUAUCUCAUUUUAAGAAUCAAUUGAACCCACAAAUGGUUGAAGAAGUAUUCCAAAGUUGUGAGCCACGCGAUGUGAUCCACGAUUCUAAUGCAUUUAGACUGGGAUGCUUGCCAACAGAUUCCAUUACUGCAUUCCAAAAUCACAAAUCAACCCUGGUGAAUCAGGCCAAGAAUGAUUACUCAACUUUAUCUGGUUUCAUAAUGGAUGUGGUUCAUGAUCUGGUUAUUAGAAAAGAACCUACAUUGAACAAUGUUCUUUUGGCGCUUUCCAUACUGGAGAACUACCAAAACGGUGAUCCAUUUAAUUAUGAGACAAGCGUAUGGAUUAUUGUGCUCUAUAUGCAUUUAGGAUUGGUCCCAGCGGCAUAUUCUCGAUAUUUGGAUUUAAAAGUUAAAAAUUUACAGAACGAUUCUGUUAAUUUCAUCCUAUACUCCAGAUUUGCAACACUUUUCCCCCAGAAAGAACAUGAUUAUUUGAGGAAAUUCCAAACUAAUAAUUACAAGUUGUACAGCGUUUCUGGUCACAGACUACCCCAAUUCAUUCACAUUGCCAUGGAGAGGAGAGCAUACUCUAAGCUCUUAGGUAUGUUUGAAUUUAAAAAUCGAAUGGUUAAGUCCGAUAUGAAGUGGAUGAAUCUCUUAGAAGAAUUCCAAUUGGCACGUCUUUGUAAUGAUAAGAGACAAGCGCUUUGGAGUCAGUUGACCAGAUCUCAAAGAGAGCUGGAAUUAGUCGGUGAUGAUAAAGAAUUUUCUGAUAAUAGAGAUUGGGCCAUCUUGGGUACUGAUAUCGAUCCCAAAUCUUUACCAUCAGCUCUAAAGUUCUUGGAUAUUAACCAAGACUACAUCUCUUUGAAAACUGUCUUGGAAAGCAUCAUUGAACUCGUACCAUCAGCACAACAAGACUCUAGAGUGGAUGAAUUCUUGAACAGAACUUUGAACGGAAGAGAUUUGGAAGCAACUUUACAUGCAAGCCUAAGUCCUAUGGAGGUUUGGACAUUUAAGGUUUUCUACGACUUGUACAAAAAUGAUGGUGCUCAAUUGAGUGGUUUGCUGAAUCAUGCUGAGCCUAUUACUAACUUUUCUUGGAGGUUGACCCAUGAUUACUUGACCAAGCUAUCCACUCUUAAGACCCUAGACAAUUUCAAAAGAAUAAAAGAUAAGCAAUUAAAACAACUGAUCAAGAGCCAGAUUCGUGAGUUAAGAGAUCAAUGCGACCAACUGUAUAACGAAUACACAAGCCAGUUGGUGAAGACCUGUGAAGAUUUGAAAAAGGGCUCGAACGGUGCACUGCUCGAUAGGCUUGGUUAUGUACCAUUAAGCUCGUCAAGUCUACAAUCUCCACUACUCACAGUGCUUAAAACCGUAAGAAAUCUAUAG